CUCCCACCACACGCGUGUGCGUUCAACAUCUGUAGGUGGUCAAUAACUCAACGUAAGAGUUCAGUUCAAUACGGUGUUAAUGCACCUCCUAGCUAGGACGGGAUGUAUUGGCUUUGGGUUUUCCAGAAGGUGUUGGACAGUUUUGCGUUCGUCCUGGAAUCACCCGUGCCUCUGGAGUGAUGCGCGCCUUUUAAAAGAUUCAGCGAACUGGGAAUAUUGGAUCUUUUGUAGCCAUUUCUUUACUUUCGCCCAAAACGAAACAAACUCAAUACAUUUCCUUGAUAUUAUUCUGUUUUUUCUUUAGUUACUUUGUUAAAAGCCGUGAAAAAUGGACAUACUUUUCUUUUCUAUUAUUUUGUUAUUUAUCGAUAAGGGUCAUUCAUCGUCCCGUUAUGGCAAGGAUCUACAGCCUUAUAUGCCUAACGUGUGCGUGGAGCGGGAGGUGACGCUGGUAGCCCAGAGGCAACCAUGUGUGCAGGCCUUCACACGCAUGGUCAAGGUGUGGAAGCAGGGCUGCCUGGGCCAAAGCUGGUGCAUGGGAUACGAGAGGAGGACGGCGUACUACACGGCCUACAGACAAGUGUACAGACAGGACUACCAGACCGUGUACAAGUGCUGCCCCGGAUGGUCCCAGCUCAACGGGGAGGCUGGCUGCCUCUAUCCGGUGUGCAGCUACGGCGUGUGUUUCAACGGGGGCCAGUGUCGGGCGGGGUCCACCCAGCUGUGUGACUGUCCCGCCGGCUUCAACGGGCCCAGCUGCCAGUAUGACGUGAACGAGUGCGAGGAGACCAACGGGGGCUGUGAGGCGUUGUGCUGCAACACCAUCGGCAGCUUCUACUGCAGGUGUCCUGCUGGCCAGCAGCUCAGCGAGGACGGACGGACCUGCCAAGAUAUCGAUGAGUGCCAGGUGCACAACGGGGGCUGCCAGCACAGGUGUGUGAACACCAGGGGCUCCUACCACUGUGAGUGCAACCCAGGAUCACGACUGCAUGUGGACGCACGCACCUGUCUGGCCGUCCAGUCCUGCAGCAUCAGUAAUGGGGGGUGUGAGCACUAUUGCGUCCAGCAGUCUCCCGCCCACUUCCGUUGUCGCUGCAGACCCAACUAUCUGCUGGAGGAGGAUGGCAAGCACUGCAAAUUGCAGAACGCGUGUCUGGACAGGAAUGGAGGCUGCAUGCACGCGUGUCGUGUUGACGGGGGCAACACCCACUGUGACUGUAAGGUGGGCUACAAGCUGGCGGAGGACGGCAAGACCUGCGAGGAUAUAGACGAGUGUGAGGUGGAGCAGGCUAACUGUGCUCACGGCUGCCACAACACUCUGGGCUCCUUCGCCUGUGUGUGCAACACAGCCUAUGAGCUGGGCGCUGACGGGAGACAAUGCUACCGGAUUGAGAUGGAGAUCGUGAACAGCUGUGAGACCAACAACGGGGGCUGCUCUCACCACUGCCAGCACUCCACCAGCGGCCCCGCCUGCUCCUGUAACCAUGGUUACCAGCUCCACGACGACCUCAAGACCUGCGUGGACCUGGAUGAGUGCGGGGAGGGCUCUUCGUGCUGUGAGCAGGACUGUACCAACUACCCGGGGGGGUAUGAGUGCUACUGUGCCGCGGGCUACCGCCUCAACUCAGACGGCUGCAGCUGUGACGAUGUAGAUGAGUGUCUGGCGGCUAAUGGAGGGUGUGAUCACACGUGUCAGAACAGCGCUGGAUCCUUCCAGUGCUUCUGUCGUCGGGGCUUCCGAUUGGACGAGGACCGGAGCUCCUGCAUCCCUCUGGAGGACACAGUGGAGGCCCUGUCCAGCGGGGGCGCUAUAGAGCUGCCCCUGCCCAGGCCCCAGCUCACCCUGCUGCAGGAGCACAGCCAGGCCCUGGAGCGCUACGACGACUACGAGGACGACGAGGGAGAGCUGCUGGCCGAGAGCACGCUGCAGGAGAAGUUUGUGUGCUUGAACGACACGUUUGGCCAUGACUGCAGUGUGUCGUGUCAGGACUGCACCAACGGGGGGCGCUGUGGCCCGCAGAGGGACGGCUGUGUCUGCCCCGACGGCUGGAGCGGGCUCAUCUGCAACCAGACUUGUUCAGAGGGAUUCUUCGGUAAGAACUGCUCCUUCCACUGCAAGUGUAAGAACGGGGCCACCUGUGACCCCGUUACGGGGAGCUGCCGCUGCCCGCCUGGGGUCAGCGGAGACCUCUGCCAGGACGGAUGUCCUAAGGGCCUGUAUGGGAAGCAGUGUAAUAAGAAGUGUAACUGUGCCAACAACGGGCGCUGCCACCGCACCUACGGAGCCUGUCUGUGUGACCCUGGACUCUACGGACGCUUCUGCCACCUGCCCUGUCCUAAAUGGGCGUUCGGACCGGGCUGCUCCGAGGAGUGCAAGUGUGUCCAGCAGAACACUCAGGAAUGUCACCGGCGCAACGGCGCCUGCAUCUGCAAGCCGGGUUACCAAGGCAACACGUGCCAGGAAGAGUGUGACCCCGGCACCUACGGAGCAGCCUGUGAGAAGAAGUGCUCGUGCCCUCCUGGAGUCUCCUGUGAUCACGUGACAGGGAGGUGCCAACGCCACUGCCCUGCUGGUCGUCGUGGAGACAACUGUGACCAAGACUGUCCCGAGGGCAGGUUUGGAGAGGGCUGUGUCCAGGCUUGUACAUGUACAGGAGCCCCGUGUGACAGAGUGACAGGACACUGCCAGUGCCUUGCUGGUACUAGAGGAACACACUGUGAGAACGUGUGUGUGGAGGGCUGGUGGGGUGCAGACUGCAGGGAGGUCUGUCCCCUGUGUGAGAACGGAGGAGAGUGUGACAAACACAACGGGACCUGCCUGUGUCCUCCCGGCUACAUGGGCAAGCGGUGCCAGAAUGCUUGCCCGACGGGACGUUUCGGCGCGGGCUGCCAGCUGAAGUGUGUGUGUGAAAACAACGCCCGCUGCCACCCUGUGACUGGGCGCUGUACCUGCGCCCCUGGCUGGACCGGGCACAGCUGCAGGAAAGCAUGUGAUGCGGGCCACUGGGGGGAGGACUGCGGCGAGUCAUGUGACUGCAGGAACGGAGACGGGAGCUGUGAUGUCAUAACGGGACAGUGCAACUGUGAGGCCGGGUACACCGGAACACGCUGCCAUCAGAAAUGCCUGGCAGGGACGUUUGGUCUGGCCUGUCGACACCGUUGCCAGUGUGACAACCAAGGGUCAUGUGAUCACGUGAGCGGGGCUUGCACCUGCCAGGUGGGCUGGACCGGAACCUUCUGUGAGAAACCCUGUCCACAGGGAUUCUAUGGUCUGGACUGCCAAGAGAAGUGUGUGUGUUUGAACGGAGGGAGCUGCAACCACGUCAGCGGAGUGUGUGUGUGUCGCGCCGGGUGGGCGGGCCCGCACUGCAACCUGACUUGUCCGGCUGGUUUCUACGGAGACGGAUGUAAUCAAACCUGUGGUUGCCGUAACAACGGCAGUUGUCACCCAGCGAGUGGGCAGUGUGUUUGUACGCCAGGCUGGACAGGGCCCAACUGCACACAGGAGUGCCCGGCGGGCUUCCACGGGGCGGACUGUCGCCAGCGUUGCCUGUGCCAGAACGGAGCCACGUGUAACAGAACCAACGGGCUGUGCACCUGUGCCAAGGGCUGGAUGGGCACUGCCUGUGAGCUGGAGUGUGUUCCGGGUCGGUUCGGGGAGGACUGCCAGCAGCAGUGUGUGUGUGAGAAUGGAGGCCUGUGUGACAGACAGACAGGCCAGUGCAAAUGUGGUCCUGGCUGGACUGGAGAGCACUGUGAGAAAGUGUGUGGCCUGGGCCUGUUUGGAGCCGGCUGUGAGGAGAGGUGUCAGUGUAACCAUGGGGACUCCUGUCACCACGUCACUGGAGACUGCCACUGCUCUCCUGGAUGGAGGGGACCCCGCUGUGACAGAGCCUGUCUGCCGGGCAGCUACGGCCAGGGCUGUGUGCUGAGCUGCAGGUGCCCCCAGGGCUCCUCCUGCCACCACGUCUCUGGGGAGUGCGGCUGCCCCCACGGCCUCACGGGGAACGGCUGUGAGCAGAGCUGUCUCCCAGGGACGUUUGGACUCAACUGUAACCAGGUGUGCCAGUGCUCUGAGACAAACCAACACUGCCACCCGGUGUCUGGGUCGUGUUACUGCGCCCCAGGGUUCCAUGGGCCCCGAUGUGACCAGAAGUGUGAAGCGGGUCAAUACGGGCCUAACUGUGAGAGGAGGUGUCAGUGUCUGAACAGGGGCAGGUGCUCCGCCUCCACUGGGUCCUGUGAGUGCCCGCCUGGAUUCAUAGGGGCACACUGCAACAUCACUUGCCCAGCGGGUCGUUAUGGUCUGGACUGUGCCAGGGUGGCGCUGUGUGGAGAGGGCGCGCAGAAUGACCCCGUCUCUGGCAGAUGUGUGUGUUGCCCUGGGAGACGAGGAGAGGACUGUGGACAUGGCUGUGCCCCAGGCUGGUUCGGAGCAGACUGUCUCCAGCAGUGUAACUGCAGUAACGGGGGGGUGUGUGACGCUGUGUCUGGUAACUGUACCUGUGGUCUUGGCUGGACAGGACCUCGCUGUGACACGGAGUGCCCUGCUGGAAGGUUUGGUGCCAACUGCCAGCUGAGGUGUGAGUGUCAGAACAACAGCACCUGUGACAGAGUGACAGGAACCUGCCAGUGUGGUCCAGGGUACUACGGACGCCAGUGUGAGCAUGAGUGCCCCCCAGGUCUCCACGGCCCGCUGUGCCAGCUCCAGUGUGACUGUGUGAACGCAGCGUCCUGCCAGCCCUCCUCUGGCCAGUGCAUCUGCCCGCCUGGAUAUCACGGAGCCCGCUGCCAGAGAGAGUGUGAGCAGGGCACGUUUGGGCAGGGGUGUGCGGGAGUUUGUGACUGCCAGGAGGACGCCCCCUGCGACCCCUUGACUGGCAGGUGUCUGUGCUCCUCAGGGAAGACAGGUGCCAGGUGUGACAUCGACUGCAAGGCAAACCGCUACGGGCCAGACUGCUCAGAGAGCUGUGAGUGUGACAACAGGGCCCAGUGUGACCAGCGUAACGGCCGGUGUACCUGUCUAAACGGCUGGAUAGGACUCACCUGUCAGGAAGGUGGAUCCCCACACCUCACCAACAGAAGCAGGAGAGACGACCCACAUCAAGACAAUGUUUUCUAGCGCCCCCUCCUGGCCAGAAGCUGCAACACACCCCACCGACCAGCCUCCCAGGAACAGAGGGCAGCACCACUAACUUGACUGACUGGAGUCAACAGAAUGAAAGGAGAACAUGGAGGAUAUUCAGACAGACUGGGCCCAGGCCCAGCUGUGGACCAGGACGCUCUCAAUGGCCAGUGUGGCUGCACGGCACCCACACAUGGAGAAGUUAGACUCUCUGCUGAGAAAUGCACACACUCCGUGCUUGUUCUGAUAUGGGCACUGAUUUUAUAUGUGUGUAUGUGUUUGUGUGCGCUCUCUGAAUCGUGCAGGGGCUAGUGCUUGUGCUCAUGUAUGUACAAUACUGUGUGUGUGUGUGUGUAUGUGUGUAUUGUGGCCCAAACAGAGGUCAAGACCAGGGGUGACUCAAGUUGUCACUAUAGUGUCAAGUCUCCUGUCCCUGGUGCUGUUCUGAUGCUGGGUGGAGGAGGUGUGGGGGGGGGGGGGGGGGUUCUCCUCCAGUGAGAACCUAAGAAACAUCCAGAGUUCCUUUCAGAUUUCGGAGAUCUGCUUUGCUGAGGAUCUGCUAUUUGUUCGGUAAACCAUCUUAUUAAUUGUUUAUGUUUUUGCCAAUGUUUUGUACGUUUUCAUUUGUCAUCGCUCACUACUUAAUUCAUAUGUGGUGUUCCUAGGUGCAGUAUAUCCAUUGUAUAGAGAUAAAUUAUAAUUAAAGCCAGAAAGAGGUAUUGCUAGAUGUGAUACCAGUUUCAUCAACCGAGCCAACAAACAUGGCCCAUGUUGCUAUUAUGACCUCACAAAAGUGCAUUAAUAAUUAAGGUGUAGCUAUGUACUGUACAGUACUAUGACCUCACAGAUGUGCACCAAUAACUAAGGUGUAGGUAUGCACUGUACAGAUGACCUCACAGAUGUGCAUUAAUAACUUGUGUGGUUAUGUACUGUAUUAUGACCUCACAGAAGUGCAUUAUUAACUAAAGUGUAUUGUAAAUGAAUGCCAUGAAGUUACGUUUGCCCGUCAAUGUAUGAAGUGAUAUGCUAUAAAAUAAUGGUGCUACAGUUUCUAUUUAACCCACUGUGCUGUGUGUUAGUUAUGGGACUAGGCCGGCCUCAUACCUGUCGCUAUGGUAGAGGCAGUUCCUCUGCUCUGGUCAUGCCUGUGUGGUUAAGGUAACUCUGACAUCCAGCUCCUCAGUGACCCGUGUGGACGGCUUGUCUUCUUGAAGCGUUGAUGUUGUUCCGUCUCCUGGCUUCCCCUCCUGAAGGAUACCUUCAUGGUGUUCCAAAAGCGUGUCAUGGUUAUGGUAUCUAUAGCUGUUGAAGGUGGCACAUCGGGUGUGAUUGCCCACGCGCACACACACACGCACACACACCAUUGCAACAUGAUCUGAGGAGACAGGAGCCCACCCAGUUCAAGGUCACCCCUCUUUCAGAACAUCCUGUGUGUGAAGUGCUAUUUAAGUGGGAAGGUAGAUUUAGCUCGGUAGUAAAGACUGGAGCUCAAGAGGUUCAAAUUGCCCACUUCUGUACAUCACUGAAUAAAAUCACCUACUAAAUGAAUACAUAACAUCA